UUUCCAACGCCCCCCUGGAGGACUUUUGCAGCGGGCUGAGCCCUAGGGAAGUGCGCAGAGUUCCAUCGAAGGUUGGGUUGGUUUUAAAGCGUUUCUUCGAACGCUAAUGUUAAUCAAGGGAAGUGUGCUCGGUGCUUUACGGUUAUUUAUAAAUUACUGACGAAGAAAUGGAAUGAAUUAUUCAAUAUCGAGGCAAUGGCACGUCUGGCGUACGAGUGCAAUGUUGGCCUUCGAGACAGCGCCGGCAACGACAGCAACGCCGUCCCGUUCGCCUGCACCGCGGAUAAGUAUUGCUUGUAUUGCUGCUGCAAUCCGCAAUGCUGUUUGCUGGUGCACCGAAGACCGCCCCGGCACUUUUGGGAAGCCUGGUACUUUUGGCUGGGAAUUGCAUUGCUCGCUCUUUUCCUGAUCAGCUCCGUCAGCAGCUACGUGGUCAGCAAUUGUAGACACCAUAACCAGAACCUGGGGGACCAAAGUCGGAAUAAUCGGAGCCCUCCUCGCAGGAACGAGCAUGGGAAUCCCAGCGAGAUCUCCAUAAACAUCAUCGCCACCCCUGGGUUGCUGCCGCAGCACACGAAGAUGCUGCUGAUGCCUCCUCAGUCCAGCAUGGCGCACAUGAUUGCGAUUCACAUUGCAGCUCCGAUCGUGGCGUGA